UGCAAUUUUAUGCUAAAUUAAUUAAUUAACAUCCCGCCGGACCGCCGGUGACCUCUGCUAAAACAAUUACUCCGUCGACAAAUUCCUACUACUAGCAGAAGUACUCUCGUCUCGUCGGCCUAAGACUCGUCUUUGAGACGGCAACCGUAAAAUAACAAAAAUGGGAGUGGUGGAGGAGAGCGAGGUUUGGGAACCCAAUAAAGCGCUCUACCUAUUCACGCUAAUAUCAUGCUUCGCUUCCAUCUAUUUCUGCCCUCAUUACUCCGGCAGAGCGGCACCCACUACAGUCUUCGAUCACGCCCAAUCCUCAUCAGCUUUCUUCCGUUUCCAAAGAAGUUUCCUUCUCCUUUUUUCACUCUCCUCCGUGAUGGAGGGCUUGGGGACGGUGUUCGGGGAGUACGAAUGGGAACACUAUUACGGAGGAGUUAGUAAGGAGCAAACGCUGCCGUAUGUGUGCGCGGGAUGCGCUGCCUCACUCUGUAUCGGUACUUUCUUAGGCGUGCUUUCUGAUUUGAUGGGUCCAAGGAACGUUUGCUUGCUAUUUUACACCCUGCAUCUCCUUGUUUCUAUAUUCAAAAGCUUCCUCACACAUCCAAGCUUAUGCUUCACAAGCUUCUGUCUUUCUCUUGCCUCUUCUAUAUUUUCCUUCAGUUUUGAGGCAUGGAUGGUCUUCGAGCAUGAUAAGCUGGGCCAGAGGCAAGAUACGUUAAACGACAUGUUUUGGUUAAUGACUUUUAUUGAAUCUGCAUCAUUCAUCUGCAGCCAGUUCCUUGGGAAUUGGUUGAUUGGAGGCAACAGGGAUAAAUCCAUACUUUCUCCUUACAAUGCAGCUGUGGUUCUAGCAAUUAUAUGUAUCCUUCAUGUUGCUCGGGGAUUCAAGGAAAAUCCACGAACAGCCAGUUGUAGUGACUAUUGGAUUUCGUUCCAGACACAUAUCUUUUCAGAUAAAAGGGUAUGGUUGCUAUCAUGGUCACAAGUUUGUGUACACCUCUCUAUUGCAGUUUUCUGGGUUCUCUGGGCUCCAACAAUUGUGGCUGAUGGCAGAGAGGUACAAUUAGGAUUAAUAUAUCCUUGUUUGAUGGGGGCAAGAAUGCUAGGAAGCACUGCAGUUCCCUGGUUGUAUAAUGGAACGAUAUCACUUAGGAUAGAGGAAUGUUUAAUAUACGUGCUUCCUGUCAUGGGCCUCCUUUUAUCUGUUGUAGCUUAUGAUUAUCAGGACGUUGGUGUUCUCCUAGUACUGUUCUUCUUGUUUCAUGCUUGCGUUGGUGUUGUUUUGCCAUCACUUGCCAGAUUGAGAAGCAUGUAUGUACCAAAUGAACUUCGUGGAGGAAUGAUAACUCUAUCUCAAGCUCCUGCUAACAUGGUGUUCUUGUUAUUUCUGGUGCAAAGAGGUUAUUAUCGCACUGUUGCAAAUUCAACGAUUAUUGCAUUUGCUGCUUUUGGUCUAUUCUCAGCUGCUGGCUGCAUGUAUAUGUUAAAGCGGCCAGGGAAGCAACUCUACCAAAAUUGGCACAAGUUGUGAUGUAUAUGCACAUUCUUGCCAGAUCACUUAUUUGAGCAGUCCUGCAUCAUCAGUCAUUCUUAAACAGAUGGAAAUUAGACCCUUCUCGAUUACUUGCCUGCUGAAUGACUGAAAAAUGAAGGAAUGAGUGAAAGUCCAAAGAACACAAUAGGAGAUUAUUUGUGGGCUUGAUAUUGAGCUUUGUGAAUUCCAAUUUGAAUUCCUUCCACUGGGUAGAGUAAAGGGCUGGUGCAUUAGAAUCAAAACGAAGCAUGCUUUGAUUAGCUCCGCGUUUUAUUAUUCGGUGAUGGUUCUCAAGAUAUGCAUGAUCUAGAAAAUCAAGCGAAAUCCGCAAGAAGGUGCCAUGAAUCUUCCAGUGCCCAACCACUUUCGCGAGAGAGAUGAUGUUCCGGUUGUAAUCCUGCUUUUGGUUAUUCGUCUUAUAGAAAGCUGUAAAGUUCCAAAAAGGGGAGAGAGGUUUCAUUUUGUUGGAAGUUCGCUGUUUACGUUUUGUACUGGAGGAAAUGAGUGUAGCCAUAUUUUAGAUGUAAGCUAACUCAUGCAAUAUAAUGUUUGGGAAGAAUGCCGAGCGACCUACUAUUUAUUUGUUCAA